AUGAGUUCUGCCUUGAUGUACAUUUUCAUUAUCGCUACCAUCGCGGGUGUCCUGUUCUACCAGUCUUAUGCCCAGCAGGCGGCCACCACAACCGAAACGUUCUCGCCGCUGGCAGCGUGGGCUCCAGCGGCGCCUGCCCCGGAUGCCUCUGGUCCGGAUGCGGCCACCAUUCCUUCCAUCGACCAAGUCCAAUCUCAGGGCCUCCAAACCGGCGUCUCUACCGCUCUACUCGACCACCCCGACGACCCAGCCUUCCAGCAGAACUUUUUGUUCAACCAGUUCUCGUCCGGCAUCACUCUCAGCCAGCCCAAGAAGUGGAACAACAAUGACAUUCGCGGCUCGCUUCCCCCGCCCCAGAAUGUCGUCAGCCCGUGGCUCCAAAGUACUACCGAACCCGAUAUGCUCAGGAAGCGCCUUGAGGUGAGCCGAUUCAGCAAGCUGUAUGCCCAUGAUCCCUACUCGAUCGUCUACCAGACCGUGGACGUCCCUGUCCGUGAUUUGAUUGCACCCAAGGUCUUUACUCCCGUCUCUGGCUCGACCGUCCAGCUUACCAAUGCUCGCGCACUGGUCACUCCUCUGGCACCUUGGCCGCUCUCACCAUCGCCCUUCCCCAGUACCCUGUCGAUGGCCAGAUUCAGAACGUCACUAUCACCCAGUCGAUCACUGCCCUGA